AUGCCGAUGCCUCCUGCAGGAGCCAGCGCGCAGGCGCUGGCCCAGUACGCGGCUAACCUGCAGGCCAUGGCGCAUCAAUUUUCCCAGAUGGCCUCCGUGGCCGCUUCCCAGGAGAUGGCGAACUCAGAGCUGGGACCUCUCGGUGGCGUGGGCAUGGGCAUGUCGAUCAACCCCUGGCUGCUGCCAGGUCAGGGAGCUGUGCCGGUGAGCACUGGCGAUCACCUCGAUGCCAGAAGGCCCGAAGAUGGGCAGCUAAAUGGGCACAAGACCGAAUCCGCCAUGGAGCCUGCGGUGGUGUUGCCGGAAUCGAAGUGGGUGACGGUUAUGCUGCGAAACCUUCCCAAUGAUUACAGUCGCGAUGACGUAGUGGACCUGUUGAACAGCCAGGGCUUCUUAUCGCGAUUCGACUUUGUGUACUUGCCGAUCGACUUCAAGAACUCUGUUGGCUUGGGCUACGCCUUCAUCAACAUGGUCAGUCACGAAGAUGCACUGCAAGUCAAGGAGAAGCUUUCUGGCUUCAAGGAGUGGAAGGUCGCAAGCCAGAAGGUCUGCGAAGUCGCCUGGGGCAAUCCUGAGCAACAGGGACUCGAGUCCCACAUCAGCCGCUACAGGAACAGCCCUGUCAUGCACAACUCUGUGCCCGAGGAAUUCAAGCCAUUGCUCUUCGCGAAUGGCGUCAAGGUGCCGUUCCCUGAGCCAACGAAGGCGCCACGCAGACCCCGCAUGAAGAAGCAUGCAAGGAUCGGCUGCAGGUCUCCAGAAGCUUCCGAGGAGGAAGACGAGCGCUGA